AUGCAUAUUUAUGUUCUUGCUACUCGAGCGUUUCGACACCAUGACCUCCCCGUUGUCACCGAAGCUGCCGCAGAAAAGAGGAGCUUGAGUGGCAUUGUCCUCCCUUUGUUGGACGCUUGUUUAGUUCCACCACUAAAUGACUAUAAGAUACUGAUAAGCCCACCGCCCACCAGUAGGGACUACGUUUGGCGAAGCAAUGUGAACCAUACGCAUCUUGCAGAGGUUAAAGGAGGGCAAAAUUGGGUGAAUCAGAAGGAUAAGCUAUGGUGGUUUCCUGGUGGAGGUACUCAUUUCAAGCAUGGAGCUCCUGAGUAUAUUGAGAGGUUAGGGAAUAUGACAACUAAUUCGACCGGCGAUCAUCGUGAUGCAGGCAUAUUUCAAGUUCCCCUGUCUUGGUGGAGUUGGCCGCGUACGAUUUGA